CAGUGGCUCACGUGCCACAGCACACUCCGCUGAAUCCCACGCUUCAGAGGAAAAAUUCUCCCCACACUGAAGUCCAGAGGGGCAGCAGAGUGUGGGGGUGUUAUCCAGCUUUCAGGGAAAUAGAGGAUUUUGCUCUUUAUCAAUGUGAUGAUGCAGACUUAAUUAGUAAAGAUGAAGAAGCAGUACUGCUGGCAAUCGUGAUUUGGAAGAAUGAGAUCAGAAUCAGGCACGAGAACUCAUGUUAAUCUCUGUUUUAUUAAUGAGUUUGACAGGUUUAAGGAUUUUAGGUGAUUUGGUGAAAUGUCAGAUUCGUGCCUCUUAAUUGUGUACCUUAUAUGCUCUUUAGUGUAGUAUUUAUAUUCUUCUUUCACCUUGAUUAUGCUGUCUAUCUUGUAUUUAUUGUCAAGAUAAUUCCAACUCCCUUUUUACAAAAGUCCUGAAGGAGAGUUUAAAAUGGAAAAAAGCCGUUUUGCGAGUUUAACAUUUACAAUAGUCCAAAAUAAUAAUAUUUUUUUAAUUUUGAAAAAAACAAACAAACAAAACAAGCACGCUUAUUUUGACCAUAUCUGCCAUUUUCCGUUAAAUGAGCUUAAUAAUUUCUCAUUUUAGCUGUAACUAAUGCUGUUUUUUUCUCUUACUUUUACCCAGAAGAGGAGAGAGGAGAGAGAUCAAGUAGCCCACACACUGUGCAGUGUGUGCGGAGGGGUGAUGCCUCGGGAGCGCAUCACAGGACACAAAACCCCACUGCAAGACGCAGUGCCAGAAGAGAGCAGCUUUGGCAAGAGAGCUUGUUUUCUGUAGAUUAGAGUGGGGAGAAAGAAGGAAGUUUAGUCCGUUAAAAAACUAACAAACAUAGGUUUUCUAUCAUGUCGGAAUCCUCCUGAAUAUCUUUGCCGAAGAAGAAACAAUGUAGUUGAAAGAAAAGGGAAUCUCCACCGGUGAAGAGAUCCGGGGAUGCAUGGACACGGUUACGGGUGAUUAGUGUAAUUUUGCAGCUGCAAAAUAAAGACUGGAUAUGCGCAGAAAAACUGGAGAGAAGUGAGUUUCGGGUGUCCACAGGAUGGACACUGUGGAGGUAAUUCUCUCGGUGCUGGUGGUUGUGAUUAUUAUAGUGUCGCUGCUGUCCAACGUCCUGGUGCUGAUUUGCUUUUUGUAUAACCCGGAGAUCCGCAAGCAAGUCCCCGGUCUGUUCAACCUCAACCUCACCUUCUGCAACUUGUUGCUCACCGUCUCCAACAUGCCGCUCACUUUGGUAGGACUUGUCAGUAAAGCUCAACCGGGGGGAGAUGGCUUCUGCCAGAUCGUGGGCUUCUUGGAGACUUUUCUGUCCACGAACUCGAUGCUGAGCAUGGCAGCUCUGAGCAUCGACAGGUGGAUCGCGGUGGUGUUCCCCCUGAGGUACCACUCCAAAAUGCGCCACAAAGACGCGGCUUUUGUGCUCGCGUACACGUGGGCGCACUCCAUGUCCUUCUCCACGGUGGCCGCCUGUCUCUCCUGGGUUGGAUACCACCGGCUUUACGCAUCCUGCACCCUGUCCAACCCCAGAGCGAGCAAUCGGACACAGUUUGUCGUCUUCACCAUCUUUUUCCACUCUUUCACCUUUCUUCUAUCUUUCAUAGUAUUAUGUGUCACAUACCUCAAAGUACUUAAAGUAGCAAGGUUUCACUGUAAGAGGAUCGACGUUAUUACAAUGCAAACUUUGGUGCUUCUAGUGGAUAUACACCCCAGUGUCCGUCAGCGUUGUCUGGAGGAGCAGAAGAGACGACGACAGAGAGCAACAAGGAAGAUCAGCACCUUUAUCGGCACCUUCAUGCUCUGCUUCGCUCCCUAUGUGAUCACGAGGAUCGUGGAGUUAUUUCCAGCGGUGCCUAUCAACCCUCACUGGGGAAUUGUCUCCAAGUGCUUAGCUUACAGCAAGGCAGCUUGCGACCCAUUUGUGUACUCCCUCCUCCGACACCAGUACAAGAAGACAUGCACUGACAUCAUCAACAAGCUGCUGAAGCGCAGCUCCUUGAACGCGUCCGGACGCCAGCACGAGAGCCAGGUGAACAGCAUACCCACCGUGGAGUGACCGGCAUUGCCCCGAUGGGAAGGUUAACCCGACAACUGUCAGGGAAAAAAGAACCUAGUUUAGCGUCGAUGAAGAAGUGGAAUAAAUUUUGGUAGUUCCUGUCCAUGUCUGCUUGAAUUUGGUCCACAAAAAAAGGAAAGAAAACAGAACAGACAAGGUCAACUCCCUGUACAGGAAUACCACUGCGCUUUCAUACCGAGUGCCCAGAACAGCAAAUCAGUGCAGUGAACUUGCUGUGAGGACAACAAAGAGCAGCAGAUUCCAUGUCCACCUGGAGAGACAGAUGUGCUUACCCAGGAUGAAUGGCCACCUAAAAGCUUUAUUAUUUUAGGGUAGCUUACAGUCAGAUAUGAGAUACAGUUUAUUAUAUACAGAUUUUGCAGUGUGUCUGUUUGUUUUGACAUAACUGUAAUAUUCAUUUUAUCUUACAAAAAAGGGGGGAGGGUGGGCUGUAUGUCUGUUUUAGUUUGUGCAAAGUGUUUGCAGUAAUUUAUACAUUAAUUCUGUAUGUAGCACUGAAGACUAGUCUAACCAAAACUUGACAAAGUAGAAGAACAAGUUCCCAAAUUGUAUUGUAGAUGAAAACAUACAGCAGACUGUGCACACUGCACAGGAUGGCUCAGGUAUAGCCCAGUCCGAAUUAAGCAAAUUCUUUGGGUAUUUUUAUUUUUCAAUACAUUAUCUGGCUGUAUUAGCACCACUGGACGUAAAUAUGUUUUGUUUUAUGUGUACUGGCAUCGUUUAUGCUUUAGCACCCAUUUUAAGGACUUACUUUUCUGUCCAAGCAGAGUUUUAGCAGAAAGAAAAAACCUUCAAACCGACUGCCUUUGCUGUCAUGACUGACAUGUGGCCCUCAGGUUGUUAAGUCAAGUGAAGCAUGAUCAACUGUAUUUGCCUGGGUUUGUACUCACAGUCACAAGUGACCCGUAGAGACUGCUCGAUGCUUUUUCACACAUACAGGAAGGAAAAUGCACGGGACAUGUCUUUUGGCAAAAAGAUGAGCUGAUUUAAUAGAGAUGACAGCCACGGACACGAGAAAAUAGUAGAGCAAAGCACCUCUGGAUGCAGAAAUAAUCAGUUUGAAUGGGUGAAGUAAAAAAAGAAAUAUCUCUGAACAGCUAAGGCCAACUAAAUGUGCAAUGGUAAUAGUUGAGAGCACCUUUACCACAUAAUAUUAUUAAAAUCAGUCUGAAUUACUGAAUAUGCUCAAAACAAGGUAAGAUAAUCCUAGCUAAGCUAAAAUAGGAUUAAUAACUUGGACCGCAAAACUAAAUGAUCCUAGUCCGUGAUUCCUAUUAGUCUUUUUUUUUUCUCAGAUAACCUGCAGCAGCAGGUUUUCCAACUACUUUGCCAGGAAGUCAGUGACAGGUAAGAGCUAAUAGUGAUAAUAGAUAAGUGGGCAGCUAAGCUACUAACGCAGAUAUUAGAUAUUGAUACUAAUGCAAGGACUAAUAGAAUGACUCAAUUGUAUUUAUAAAUAUAACAUAUUGUUGUCUUUGCUGAUAAAAAGGUUUUUCUUUUAAAUAAUCACCUGAAAGCAGUAGAAGGCAGAUGAAAAUCAUCCAGUGUCACUUAUAUUUGCAUAAAGCUUUGGCAAAUGAUGGUGGAAGGCACCAAGUAGAAAUAAUUAUGACCUUAUAAACUUUAUUUAAAGGAGACGUGCAACAAACAAGUCUCUAACAACACCAGGCUACCAGCUGGACCCUAACUUUAACCCACCUGUCCCACUAACCCUAAGUUAUUUCUUUUUUUUUUCUUGGUAAAGAGAUAAAAAAAAAUAGUUUUAAGCAAUUUAGAAUUAUUUUGUUGGUUUGGUCCAUUAAAUCGAAACAAAAACAUCCAAAGAUACUGUAUUUGAUUUUAUAGAAGACUUUUAUAGAAGACAAUAGAAAACCAGUUAUAUUUACUCGUUUACAGUACAUUUUAAUUUUUUUUGUCAUGUGGAAACAAAAUGCAUUAAACAGUACAUCUGACAGUGAGAUAGGGAGUGAAAAUGCAGUGCCAAAAUUACUGAUGAUGCCCAGUGAGCUAAAUAUAAGCAGAUGUAAUUAAUUUUCUAAAAGCAGAAAAGAAAACAAAAGAAGUGAAGGCUAUUUAUGUAGGGUGUAAGGAUUCAUAAUUUUACAAAGGAGAAACAGUUGUCUUGACUAUAUCAUGCAUUGUACGACGCUCCAAGACAGCUGAUGCCUUAAAUUCUAUAAUAUGUUAGUUUUAAGUUUUUCAGACAUAUAGAUAUCUAGAACUAUAUUACUGGAAUCAAUAAUUGCCUUAUUCACUUCUGUUCAUCAACGUUACUCGAAAUCUGCUUCCUUUUUGUUAUCCUCUAAUUCUGAUUUCCUGAAGUUCUCACUUGCCCACAUUAAAUGUUUCUCAUAAAUGAUGACUAAAACGAAACCUAAACCUAAAACAUGUCGACAUAUUUAGAUGAAAGGCAAUGUGAAAAGUAUUUUUGAGUCUUUUGAUAUAUGUAAAUGUAAUUUAUUGGGAUAAUUUAUUGUAUGUCUGAGUUUUACAGAAUGUGCUGCUACAAAUGCAAAUGAAAUUUAUCCUGUUGUGGAUCGGUGGCAAUGAGUGGAGUGUAAUAUACCUCAUUUUGUUUAUCAGUGACUGACCUGACUGCCUAAAGUGUUUUGUUAUGUACCUCCUGAUUUAUAAAACCAUGGCUCGAUGCUGCUGCUGCUGCUAAAGAUGGCUAAGAUGACAAACCCACGAUGUUGGCGGUAAUGGGAUGAAUGCUUUUUCCAUAAUAUUUUUUUUUUAAUGGAGAUUGUAAUUGUUAUGUUGGUAAAAAUGACAAAGAUGACUGUUUUAGAUUUUAACCAUGAUGAUUAAACUGAUGACAACUGUUGUUGAUGCGACAACAAAGAAACACUUACUCUCACACUCACACCAUCGUAACCCAGCUCACACUUGCACAUAUAACUUUAGUUCUAUUUGACAUAAUGGAUAAGAUGAAUCCAUAAAAAAUUGAAUAUUGUGAAAAAGUCAAAAUUUUUUGUGAUUUAAUUCAAAAAGGUAAAAUUCACACAGUGAAAUAAUUCAUGCCUUUUUGUUUUAAUGUAGCUUUUUAUGGUUUAUAACUCACGACAAUCAGAAACCCUGUAUCUGAAAUUACUAGAACAUUUCAUUUAGUGUUUUGAGUAUAUUGCUUUUCAGACAGUGUCUUAUUCGCUACAUGCAACCACAAUCACAGGAAAGACUGCAGACUUUGCAGUUGUUCAGAUGAAGGUCGUUAACACUCUCCACAAAGCACCGCAGAAGGUCACUGCUAAAAAGGCUGGCUGUUCGCAGAAUGCUGUAUCAAAGCAUAUUAAUGGAAAGUUGACCGGAAUCGAAAAGCGCAGAAGGAAAAAGGUGCACAAUCAACAGGGAUGACUGCAGCCUUAAGAGGACUGGCGUGCAAGGUUGAUUCAAGAACUUGGGGAAGCUUUACAAGGAGUGGGCUGAGGAUUGUGUCAGUGCAUGAAGAGCUAGACACACAGAGCUCUUGAAAGGAGCUACAACUGAUGCAUUCCUAAUAUCAAGCCACACCUGAACCAGAGAUGUCUUACCCAGGCUGAGGAGAAAAAGAACUGGACUGUUGCUCAGUCCAAAGUCUUUGAGUUGCUGAAGUUGGUGUCCGUAUCUUAUCAGGAGCCAUAUUUCUUUUCCUUUUUUCCCCCCUAUUUUUUUUUAACUUCCUGCUUUAGCAAUAACAAGCAAUGACUAUUUGGUUUUUUUAGAUUUUGAGAAUGCAUCUGUGUUGGACAGAAGGGGGAAAAAAGCAAGGGUUUGACGAGAUGACUCUCAUGUAUCUGCGGCAAUUCAGACUGUUACCACGAGCAAUCAGUCUGAGUCACAGGGAUGCCAUUUUUUCUGUUCACACCACAAUGCAGGUGGUAAUGAAACAGCACCAGCUGACAGAGAAGGGCCUGGCUGUAAAACACUGAUAU